GCUGGACCGCGGAAGUGGUGUCGUCAGUGCUCAUCGACCGACACUGACACGCAUUCACCGGGCGGCUCGGCUGGUUAUUACACCCUCACACCCAGCCGGUUCGCGUCCGUCGCUGGUGGUUUAUGCUCAGCCGUCUGUUCGGGUCUCAGAGGGUGCCGUCCUUCCUCUACCGGGUGUCGCUGAUAAUGAAGCCGCAGGUUGUGUUCGUGCUGGGCGGGCCUGGCGCCGGCAAAGGGACCCAGUGCUCCAAAAUCGUGGAGGGCUACAACUACACCCAUCUGUCAGCUGGAGACUUACUCAGAGCAGAGCGAGCCAGAGAAGGCUCAGAGUGUGGACAGCUCAUCGCCAACUACAUCAAAGAGGGCAAAAUUGUUCCAGUUGAGAUCACCAUCAACUUACUGAAGCAGGCUAUGGAAGAGACGAUGCAGAAAGACGAGAAGAAGUUCCGUUUCCUCAUAGACGGUUUCCCCCGCAACGAGGACAACCUUCAAGGGUGGAACACUGUCAUGGAUGGCAAAGCAGACGUCAAGUUUGUGCUUUUCUUUGACUGCGGCGAAGAGGUUUGCAUCGACAGAUGUCUAGAAAGAGGGAAGAGCAGCGGACGCACAGAUGACAACAGAGAAAGCCUGGAGAAAAGAAUCCAGACCUACCUGCAGUCUACACGACCAAUCAUUGAGCUGUACGAGACACACGGCAAGGUGCGCACCGUAGACGCUUCCCGUUCUGUGGACGAGGUGUUUGCUGAUGUGAAAGCCAUCCUAGACAAGGAGGGCUGAGCUUCUCCAGCUGCCACCAACAUUCAUUUACCUUUUAGUUUUCUUUUUAUCAACUGCAAUUACACUAUUACGAGUUUAUAUGUCCGUUCAUAUGACUUUAUACAUUUGGUUACCUUUGAUUUCUGUGUCUUUUCGGGUUUUUUUUGUAAAUGCUACACUGUUUGCGAGCGUGUGUGUGUGUGUAGAUGUGUGUGUACAAUGCGUACCGGUAUGAAUGAGCGGUAGAGAUGUCUAGCAGCUACUUGUAAUCAACUAGUUCAUGUUCGGAAGAACACGCAGUUCACCGUCUUUCAUAACAGUCGAGGGCCUUUGCAUUGAAAAUCAAUGCAUCGAUGGCUUAGAGAGGCCACUGUUUAUCAAAAUCAAAGACACUUACAGUACUGGAUGUCUCUAAAAAAAAAAAAAGCUAUUUAUCACUUAUGUCUUCUGAGUAACAUGUCAGCAGAAGCAGCCAUCACGCUUCAGACCAAAUAGUCGUUUAACCUGAAAGCAAGGGUUUAGUUUAGCCUUGACUGAACGGCCAACAGCCUGUCUGGCAUCCUGUUUAGUGGAUGGGAGCUACAGCGGCAUGACCAGGGAGCAGUUUUGUGCCAUGUAGAUGUUAUCAGGUAUGUUUCUGUGAUUAGAUGAGUAUUUAAAAACUUCAGUGUGCUUCAUCACAGCUAUGACAUCUGGGACUAGUCAUAGUGAGAACAUGGAGAUGAAACGAGCACUUAAAUCUGUACUGUAUCUGCUUGUAUGAAGGAGCAUAAAGUGGAAAAGAACAAAA